AUGAUAAUGUCCAACAUUUCCUCUGAAACCUCCUCUUCUGGGAAUGAGGGAAGUACAACCUCCCCUUUAAGCUCUGACUACCUGUCUACAACUGUAUCUGCCUCAUCUCCCUCCAGAAGCUCAGAUGUCACCUCCUCUACCACUGUCAGUGGAAGUCCUUGGUUCACAUUGAAUCCUGAGGGAAGCCUAACCACUUCUGUGUACGCAGCCCUCUCCUUAUCAUCAAAGUCUACACCUUCAUCAGACACUUCUCAUAUUACUGACAGUGAGACUCUUUCAUCCCUAACGAAUUCUCAUGAACCAUUUACCAACACUCAGAUGCCGCACAACAUAAGUACAACACGUACAGAAGAGACCACUGCCUUCACAAUGACUUCUAGUUUUUACACAUCAACCAUUUCCUCUGUAACUUCCUCUUCUAAAGAUGACGAAAAUACAACCUCAUCAGGAAGUCCUAGCUCUCUGUUUACAACCACAUUGGCUUCGUCUCACACCACCGAUUCAGAUGUCACCUCCUCCAGCACUGCUAAUGGAAGUCCUCUGUCCAUAUGGAGCAUCUACCAGUACCCAGAUGCCAGAGAAUAUAAGCACACCAAGUGCAGUGGAGACCACUGUCUUCACAACUUCUGA